AUGGAUCGAACAAUGAGUGAAGGAGAUGCUCCAUUUUCUCCUUUUUCUGUUUAUUUAUUUUUUCAAUUUUUCAGAAAAAUUCUUCGAGCACUCGGAAAAGCUUUCCACCCAGAAUGCUUUGUCUGCCCUACUUGUCAAAAAUCUUUGGAUGGAAUUCAAUUUACUGUGGAUUCAGAAAAUUCAGCUUAUUGUCUUGAUUGUUUCCAUGAAAGGUUUUCUCCAAGAUGUGCUUCUUGCCUUAAAGUGAUUUUUUAAUUUAAACUAUUUGGGGUAAAAUUAACGAAUUUUGAUAAGUUGCGUGUUGGUAUAGUGGUUAGCGUGCUGGACUUUUUUCUUGUGUAUAGGAAAUAGGGUAAAAGGUUCGAUUCCGUUCCACUCCCAAACAUUUUUAAACAAUUAUUU